AUGGCAACUACCUCCGCGCCUAUGACUUCCCUCCUCUCUCUUUUAUACCGCUCAUUCCCUCGCGCUGUCCCCUCCACCUCUAUUGAUUUAGACCUGCAAACGAUCUCACCCAAGGUCUUCCCCUCACAAGCUUACAGCGAUGCCGAAAAGGUUGAAUUGGAACAAUGGCUGCGUGAUAUCGAGACGACCACCCAGUUACUGUACAAAGCCGACUCUACUGCUGUAUCAGAGUUCCUUGUAAAGCUCAACAAACAUCUAGCGACCCGCACGAUGCUACUGGGUGCAAAGCCGUCUGUUGCGGAUAUUGCGGUUUAUGCUGUUUUGGCACCGGUGGCGGAGAAGUGGACUCCGGAUGAAAGAACGGGCGAUAAUGGAUAUCAUCAUAUUGUACGAUAUAUCGAUUUCGUGCAGAAUGCGCCAUUGUUUGGUCUUAAGAUCCCAGCGGAAGAGAAGGUUGCGAUUGACGUGGAUGAUGUGAAGGUUGUGCCCAAAGCGGUGGAACCACCCAGAGAUGAGAAGGAAAAAAAGAAAAAGGAGAAGAAACCCACGGGCCAGGGUGGUGGUAACGUCAGCGCCGAGAAGGAUCUGGUUGUAGGGCGGGGAAAAGACGUAGCAGCAGGUGUCGUAGAUCAAGCAGCCAGUGAAAAGAAAGAGAAGAAACAAAACCAACCCAAGCAGCGAAAACAAACCGCGGCCCCAGCCCCCCUUCUCUCCCCUUCCCUCAUCGACCUCCGCGUCGGCCACAUUCUCCGCGCCGUUAACCACCCCAAUGCAGACUCCCUCUACGUCUCCACCAUCAACUGCGGCGACGCCCCAGGAACCGAAAACACAUCCGUCGACGAGGAAACAGGUCUAACGGUCCGGACCGUCUGCUCAGGACUAAAUGGCCUAAUCCCGCUCGCUGAGAUGCAAAACCGCAAAAUCAUCGCCGUUUGCAACCUGAAACCAGUAACGAUGCGCGGGAUAAAAUCCGCCGCCAUGGUGCUGGCCGCAUCGCCCAAGGGCGAUGAUGCGCAUGCCGGACCCGUCGAACUAGUCAGCCCGCCCGCUGAUGCGCAUGCGGGUGAACGCGUUUUCUUCGAGGGAUGGAGUGAUGGGGAGCCGGAGAAUGUGCUGAAUCCCAAGAAAAAGAUUUGGGAAACUUUCCAGCCUGGGUUUACGACUACGGAGUCCUUGGUAGUGGCGUUUGAUAGUACGCAAGUCCCGCAGCUGGCGGAGAAGGAAGGGGAGGUUAGUGCUACGCCUGCUACCCCUGCGGUUGGGAAGUUGGUUACGAAAUCUGGAGGUUUGUGUACUGUGAAGAGCUUGAAGGGAGCUACUGUGCGAUAA